AUGUCAUCGACAAUUAAGUCAGCCAAGAUUGAAGUGUCAUCAUUGAGCAAUGAUGAACCUACUGAAAAGGAUUUUAGUACUAAAAUCUGUUGCAAAAGUGUAGAAAACUAUGAAUUUGUCAGCAAAGAGGUGCAGAAAAAGGAUUGCAAAAUUUGGCAACGAAAAAGUCAACGAUUAUGUACAUUUUACGAAAAUAAAAGUGAUCCGAGUGAACGGAGAGAUCCGAGACUGAUCGAAGAUGUUGAUUUCUGCAAUCCUGAUAAUAGGGCUAAUAAUAACCAUGUUAUUAUGGACUUUAGUGAAGUAUUCCUGGGACCGAAAACAAGUCAUUCGUUCAAAUGUACUUGCUUUACAGCUAAUCAGAUCUACUCAGUUACAAGUACUACAGUGUAUAAAAUUUUGACUGCUUUAAUUUCUAUUCCCUUUGCUAUAUUCUUUGGUACUUUGUUUGCUGUCUUCGCAGCAAUAAGCGUUUUUUUGUGCACACCGUUUGUCAUGCUAGCUAGUAUGCCACUCAACGGAUUCUCUAAGGUUUGA